GAAACAGGCCUAAUAUAACCAAUAACAGUCGAGUUGUGUCAUUCGAUGUCAUCCUCGUAAACAACGAACUGGAGGGACGAGAAUUGCUCUCUCUCUCUCCGUUUCAUGCUUCACGUAUCCGUAACCGAACGAACAGCUCCGAAUGAUUCAAAACCGUAUAGAAAAUUUCCUACGGUUCUUCCGAUACGUAUCAGCUCCCAGAUUGUCUUCUGUUGCUACUAUAUUUUGCCCCCUUGUUUGCCUUUUGUACAUUUAGGACACAGGUCCAUGGAGGGUACGGAACCUGAUAUAAAAACGCACCCCCUGAAAGAUGCAGAAAAUGAAUGUUCAAUAUCACCUAGGGUAGAGAUUAAUAUGGGGCAGGAGGGUCAGAUUCAGAAUCCCAAUGAUUCCUCUAUUGCAGUCAGUAACAAGGUCAUUGACACUGAGAAUGAGUGCACAAGUUCAAAUGAUUGUCCUGUUGACCAUUGUCAGAUGGAAAUUAAUGAUGAAUGCCAUACAUCUAAAUCCAAUAAUUGCCAUGAAGACAAAUUUCAUAUUAAUGUUGGUAGUAGACAGCUGUGUCAGAAUCCCUGCACUUGCUCUGUUGAUAUAUCAAGGACCAGUACUGAUAUAAAGAGUGAGGAGGAAAUAUAUGUAGCACCAAAGAUUGGCAUGGAGUUUGAAUCAGAAGACCAUGCUUACAAUUGUUAUGGCAAGUAUGCUGUUCUGAAAGGUUUCAGCAUAAGAAAGGAUUUUGUCAACAAAAGUAGGAUAAAUGGUGCAGUCGUGUCCAGAAGAUACACCUGCUAUAGACAGGGUUAUCGUCUUAACAAAAAUAGUACAAACCUGAGGAGAUUCCAGCAGGAAACAAGGACAGGUUGCUUGGCACAUAUGACUAUUGCACGUCAACUGAAUGGCAAGUUUCGUGUCACACAUUUUGAAACUGAGCACAAUCAUGAGUUUGUAACACCAUGCACUGCUCAUAUGUUACCCUCACAGAAAAGAUUGAGUUUUGCUCAAGCUGUUGAAGCAAACUUAAUUGAGUCUAGGUUGGAUGGGGUACCAAAACUGGGAAUGGGAUUUGACUCAGAGGAGCAUGCAUAUGAUUUUUAUAAUGCAUAUGCUGGACACGUAGGUUUCAGUGUAAGAAAAGAUUAUGUAAAUAGGAGUAAAGUUGAUGGUGCUGUGGCGUCUAGACGGUUUACUUGCUUCAGAGAAGGUUUUCGGCGGAAAGACAAACGGGAUACGAAUGUAAAGAGACCUCGGAAGGAAACUAGAAUUGGAUGUUUAGCGCAACUAGUGAUUUCUCGUCAACCUGAUGGUAGGUAUCAUGUAACUCACUUUGAAGAAAAGCAUAAUCAUGAGCUUGUUGCUGCUGGUAGAGUGCAUAUGUUAAGAUCGCAAAAGAGAUUAGCAGCAACUCAAGUUGAAUACAACAUUGUUGAUGGUUCCACUGUGCUACCUAAGUCAGUAUCUGAAUCCAAUUGCAAGACUGUGGAACACUUAGACGAUCUGGAUUAUGGUUCUGCAGGUUAUGAAUAUAAACUACCAUUCAAAUGUACAAGAGAAAUGAAAGAGGGAGAAAUUGAGAAGAUUAAGCAUCAUUUCCAAAUCAAGCAAUCAAAGAAUCCUUCUUUCUUUUAUGCAUUCCAGCUUGAUGCUGAUGAUCAAAUAACUAACAUUUUUUGGGCUGAUACAAAGAUGAUAGUAGACUACAGUGAUUUUGGUGAUGUUGUUUGUUUCGAUAGUAGUUAUAAAUAUCACAGGGAUUUCCGCCCAUUUGCUCCGUUCCUUGGUAUAAAUAAUCACCAGCAAAUGACAAUUUUUGGGGCUGCACUUCUGUAUAAUAAAUCUGUGGAAUCUUUAAAGUGGCUGUUUCGAGUAUUCAUCGAGGCAAUGUCUGGAAGCAAGCCAAAGACAUUCUUUACAGAUCAAGAUGCAAUAACAGCUGAAGCAAUUAAAGACGUAUUACCUCAAACAAAUCACCGAGUUUGUGUAUGGCAUGUCUAUCAAGAUGCCCUGAAGCAGCUAAAUCACAUUUCUGUUGGAUCUGGUUCUUUUAUAAAUGAUUUGAGAAGCUUCUUUUUUUAUCAUGAUGAAGAGGAGGAUUUUGCUAAUGCAUGGAAUGCUCUCAUGGACAAGUAUGAACUGUGGGGAAACGAAUGGUUGCAUCAAAUAUAUGAAAGCAGAGAUCAAUGGGCCAUAGCUUAUGGAAGACAAUUUUUUUGUGCUGACAUAGUAAGCAUGCUACUGAGAGAAAACCUUACUGACAACCUUAAAAAGCACCUAAAGCAUGACUCAGAUGUUCUUCCCUUUUUCAAGUAUCUUGGGAAGGUGAUUACUGAUUGGUACUACAAGGAAUUAGAAGCCAAUUAUGACAUGAACCAGCGUAUGCCACCACUGAUGGGCGAUAUCAUCACGUUAAAGCAUGCAAGAGCUCCAUACACACCAAAGAUGUUUGAGUUAUUUCAGAAAGAAUAUGAAGCAUGUUUAAAUCUAGUGGUAAAGGAUUGCACGGAGAGUGGACCAUUGUAUACUUAUAAAGUUAGCAUAUAUGAACAAGUACUUGAGUUUAAGGUUACUUUUGAUUCUUCUAAUGAGACAAUCAGUUGCAGCUGCAUGAAGUUUGAGUAUGUGGGAGUCUUAUGUUGCCAUGCAUUAAAAGUUCUUGACUAUAGGAACAUAAGGAUAGUUCCAACCCGGUACAUUUUAAAGAGAUGGACAAAAGAUGCUAGAGCUUGAUGUCUCUAUUUUUUUUAUCAUGUCAUUAGAAAGGCAUAGAUUAAUUAACCAAUCCAGGUGGAUGUCUUUUUUGUAUCCAUUACCGAUACACGGUAGCAUUUUUGUAUUAAUCUUAUGUGAAAAUUGUACAUCAUCUUCGUGAAAAGGUAGUUGCAUUUGGAUAUGUUACUUAAAAAAAUUCAGAGAUGCACUAUAUUUCUUGACGAAUAAAUUUAUUUUUUCU